AUGGUACCAAUUACUCAUAUGUUUGUUUGGAAACAAGUGAAACAUAAAUAUAAGGCCGUAACAGCGGCUGCGGUAAUUCGACAACCAUGUUAAGAGAACUUAUAACGUGGGCCUUGAAUACCUAUCUGGGGAAAUACUUGGAAAACUUGAAUUCGGUACAAUUAUCUGUUGCACUUUUGUCAGGCGAAGUUGAGCUUGAGAACAUACCGAUACGGAAAGAUGCACUACGAGCGCUCAACUUACCGGUGGAGGUGGUAGGUGGCAGUAUACGAAAAAUCAAACUCCACGUACCCGUCCGCCAAUUCCGAACCUCCCCGUGGUGCAUAUCGGUGGAGGGGCUCUUCUGUAUAAUUUGCCCAAAGAAUCUUGAUAGCUGGGACUAUGCCAAAGAGAAACUUCAGGAUCUGGAAUACAAGCUAGCGGUCUUGGACAACGCUGAGGCGGGCUGGCGGUCCGAAAAGGGAAUGCAAAUGGAAUCCUAUUACUUUUCCUCCUACAACAACUGGCUCAAAUAUGGCACGAAUAUGGCAACCAAUAUUAUAGAUAAUAUUGAGCUGAAGAUAUUUGAUGUCCACUUCCGGUACGAAGACAGUGUUGAUGUGGGAAAAACCAAAAUCGCCACCGGCAUCAAAAUCGCAUCGUUAACAGCCCAGACCUGCGAUUCGAAUUGGACGAGUGGCUCGUUCAAAGCUGCCAACAACGAAAUGAACUACAAAUUAGUAGAGCUAAAGGAGCUAUCCGUGUACUGGGAUAUUCUGCAUGAAGACAUACGGUGCCAAUCGUUCACCAAUCAGGAUAUUCUCAGCAAAUUGCAUUCAACUUGCGAGCUGCGGCCCCACAACUUUAUCAUUAAGCCAAUUUGCGCAACUGCUCGAUGGAAACGGGAGAAGUGCCUACAGGUUAUUCGCACAAAAGACAAACCCAGAGUCUCGUGUGAGAUAAUAGUUCCUGAAGUAAUUAUAGAUAUAUCUAAGGUCCAGCGUCUACAAAUGCUGGACAAGCUUGCAGAAAUACGUAAAAUUAGGGAAAUCAGACAGUACAGACUGAAAAAGCCGAGUUGUAGUGUUGCAGACGAUUCGAAGUUGUGGUGGAAAUAUGCCCUAGUUUGUCAUGGCUUCGUAUUCAAAAAGAGAGAGGAAAACUUUGCCAUUCUAAGGGAGAAUCUGCGUUACAUACGCCUCCAUGAAUUGAUCAUAGUAAAUCCAAAUGAGAUUCUGUCCGACGCAGACAAAGAGUUUAAAACGUACAUCGAAACCGACAGAAACGUCUCGGAUUUAAGUGUUUUGAGACGCAUAUGCUUUGACAAAGUCUUUAGCAAAGGUCUGUCGUUCAAGUCGCACAAUGUGAAGGGAAAGAAUAUGUUAUUUCUUUGGUUUCCGAACUGGAUGGGCUGGUACAGCAACUCAACGAGUACUGCAAAUAAUGAGCAGGAUGAAUCCAUAAAACAUUUGGAAGAUGAUAUUUUGGUCGCCCUAGAAGACUCGCUGCAAAGUUCCUCUGAUUUGAAGUGUGAUGCUGUCCUUGGACACUUUGAAAUUAAGCUACUCAAAGGCCUGCUAAUCAUACAGUCCGAUGAGACGAAUGUCAAGAGCCGAAAAUCCAUGGAAAUGCAAUUCAAUAAUUUCUCGUCAUUUCUUCAGCUCAGUCCGCUGCUGACUUCCUACACUGUGGGAGUAUCAUUAGAAGAAGUUUAUUUAUUAGAUAAAAUGAACAGCAAUACCAAACACAAAUUCUUAAUUAAGCCACAGACGGAGAACCCCCCAACGCUGAAUAAUACUCUGGAAAAGGAUGUACUAUUUCAACUGCGAUACGAAAAUGUAAAUCAGUUGAGAUUUCAACUUAAUAUUAAAUCAAAAGGCUUGGAUCUUACGUACAAUAAGGAUGCAAUUCAUUGGAUUCUGGACUUUAUAACCGAUUCAAAUCAAGAAAAUGCUUCAACAAUAGUCACGAACCGAUUUGGAAAGAGAAGGAAGAACUUUUUGAAAAACUGGAAUCAAUUAUUUAUUGGAAACGAGGUUAAUCGCAAGACCUGGAUGUUUGAGAUUGAGAUAUUUGCACCACGCAUAAUAUUUCUAGAAAACUACAAAGUCGGCAACUCGCUGAUGGUUCUGCUGGACUUUGGAAAGUUUGAAAUGAGAAAAAAUGAGGCGAAGAAAUUCUUGCCGUUGACGGCUCCAGAUGAUCCAUCUGUAGAUAAUCAUCCUCAAAUCGAUGCGAAUGCUGAUGUGAAUGCUGAUGCGCAUGCUGAUGCUAAUGCUGAUGCUAAUGCUGAUGCUAAUGCUGAUGCUAAUGCUGAUGAUGAUGAUGAUGAUGAUGAUGAUGAAACUUAUAUGACGCCAUGCUCUACGCCGCCUGCAUCACAAAAAAGUGGCUCAGAGUCUCCAACAGUCCUUGAGAAUGCACAGCAUUUGCUCAAUAAAAAAUUAGAGCUGGAAUAUGUCUUGCACAAUAAGAUCUAUGACAAAUACUCGAUCAACUUUUCAAAUCUACAAGUACUGGUGUGCAAGUACGAGGAAAGGUGGCAGGCUUGCUUGAAAACAGCCUCGAACUUCCACCUGAUUGAUAAAUUUGAUAUAACCCUUUCGCUGGAGCAGCGCAAUAUAUUCACUGUGGAUCCCGACUAUCCGUCAUUUACGCUAUUCGGCACCUGUCCCACAAUCCUGAUACACGGAAAUGAAGUACUCAUCAAUAACUUCUUUAGCAUAAUGAAUCCCACUAUAGAUACCCUCAAAGAUGUGCGCAAAGUAUAUAAAGGCGGCAACCAAACGUACGCCAGUGAGCAAUGGGUCAACGAUAUUGCCAGCAGUGAAGACAACAGUCGAGUCAUUGUUGAGUUUGCCAUUGGUCAGCUCGCGAUAGAGAUGCAGUCAAAGGAAAAAAGCAUAGCUGAACUACAGAUUAUCGGCGCACGUGCGGGCAUCAUCAAGGAGUCCAAUGAAACCAAUAUAACAAUGUCCGUGCAUGGGCUACUUUUGGUAGAUGCCAUACAGUCCUUUGGGCCUGACUUCGAGUUAUUAGUGGCCAGUCAUCGACAUGUGGGAAUGGAUAGUUUUUCUGGCAGCCUAAAGCAUAGUCCAAUCGCUUCACCGAUUACUCCUGCAUCGCCGUUACCUUUCACGUUCACAGAUUAUCGAGGCGCUCCGAUGACCGAAAAUGCAGUGUAUAAUAUUCAAAAGAAUCCGAUUGCUGCUUUCUGCGAAGAUGCGGAAUCUGCUUUAAUUUCUGUGAAGGUAAAAAUCGUUGCGCCCACCGCUAGCAAUUCAACGCACCUUCACUCCACAGACAUAAAAUUCAACAAUUUGGAUAUAAUAGCCAAUCAGGACACCAUUCUUGAGAUUUUAAACUUUGCAAAAAGAACAAUUUUAAGUCAAGGUACGAGUACGCUGCAAAACGAGAGUUGUGGAAUCAAGGAAGAAGCCUCUGAAGAACCAGCCGAUUUGGAUGAUCCCGAUGAUGCCAGUCAGCAAAACCAUAACGAAAUAUUCUUCGACUUCUUUCGACUGAAUAUUUUAUUGUUAUAUAAAAUAAAUCACGAGGGUCGCAAAGUAGGGACUCUGACCUUGACUGAAGCGAAAAUAAAUGCUUCAUUUCAGUCGGAGCUAUCCGUAUUUGGAUCCCUGGGAGGUAUACAGAUCAUUGACAUAACCCCAGAGUCUUUUUUCCUCCCAAGGAUUCUAUCCGUUGGGCGCGAUCAAAUAUUAAGAACCUCGGACUUGAACCGACAAACAGUCCUCAACAGACUGUCACAUGAAAUAUAUUCGAAAAAUCUGGAGGACGUGCAUGAAUGUGACGCUGAUUCCAAGUGCGAUGAAAUCGAUGCGUUCAGUUUUAAAAGUCACUGGAGUGAUAAAACCACAUGCAGUGUUCAAAUGCGAAUGGCCUCGGUUUCCUACACCCAUUGUCCACGAUUUUUGCAAGAUGUAAACGCAUGCGUCACAUAUUUCAAACGAAGUUUGCGAGAGUUUUUUACCUCUAUAGGCAAUAAGGCAACCGAUAUGGCAAAGGAAUUUGUGCAACAAAUCCGUGCAACGGAUGUCAAUGAUCAGACACGACCAGUUAAUCCCCAGAAGAAUCGUCAUGACAACCGACUGGACAUCAUUAUCAACAGUCCAAUUAUUCUAUUGCCGAUUUCGAGUACAAGCACGCACGUUUUGAUUGCCAAUUUGGGAAAGAUGACCUGUUCCAAUAUGAUUGUAAAUGACUCGAAUGAGUUUGAUGAAUCCUAUACCAUAGCGAUCAAAAACAUAUACGUAUACUCGAUGACCAUUGACGAACGUGAAAACUGCUUCAAUGUGCAUCCGUCUAAGAAUAAGGAUGCCAUUCCCAUAUUGCACGAUACUGCUAUUACAUUGCAGCUCUCGGUCGGCUAUAGCGAAGGGAACGGCAAUGGUGAGGAACGAAAACUUGAUACGGUUUCAAUUGAAGGCAGCAUGGUUGAAACGCUUAAGGUAUCCCUCAAUCGGAAACGAUAUGAGCUACUUAAUGAGUCCAUUCAAUAUGCUACGAAUUUUUCAAACGGCAAAGCAAUUGAAUCCGCAUACCCCGAUCCCAGUGGAGUUAGCAUACCAGAUUCGGAUAUAACUGACGAACAUACCAUCUGCACCAUUAUACAGUUUUCUGUGCCUGUUUUUCAAAUCAACUUACAAAACCAGCACCAUGAUGACUUGAUAAAUAUUACCUUCAAGGACUUCAAUGUUAAACAUCGUGUUAAAGGCUAUGACAAGGAUAUAGAAAUAAUAUUAAAGUCGGUGUUGAUGGAAGAUCUGAAAUCGGAUAACGCAUCACCGUUCAGAAAUAUGGUGACUUCCGUCAAUCAUGAAAAGGGCCAAAAAAAGAAUGCAUCAGCCUCAUCAUCGUGCCCGGACAUACCGACCCAUUGUAAUUAUCGGAAAUAUAGAUCUACCUCGGAGCCCUCAUGCUUCCAGGAGAAAAAUCCAUUUCAAAACUUCGAUGGAGCCAAGAAAUCGGAGUUUUCCAAGAGAAACGACAAAGGAAGCAAGAGAGGAGGUCAGACUUUAGUCACCUACAAUUCGCAUAGAGGACGCCCCUCCAAAGGCACCUCCGAGAUGGAUCAAUUCAGUUCAAUUCAAUUUAAUUGCUUGAAUUUGGCCAUCUGCGUGGAGCGUUGGUACACCAUAUUUGACUUUUUCGGUCUGAUCGCCGCAGAGAACGAUAAUCAGAAAGUUACACAAGGAAAGAAGCUGGUUGAAAAAGAUACAAACGAUUUCUUUAGUACAUUGAAGGUAUCAAUAAGAUCAUUCAACUUUACGUUGAUUCGAAAUGACUCGCUCUUAUCCAGAGUGAAUGUGUCAAACGCGCUAUUUAAGAUAAUUCAUGACCAAUUUGGUAAAUCUGUUGAGGGACACUUGGGAUCCUUGUCGGUGUUUGACCUUACACAGUAUGGAAACAUUUACAAGCAAAAGUUUGUCACCAGCGGAACAGAAGCAUUGAACUUCUUUUAUAGAAAAAAGCCAUGCGAUGUGGAAGUACUAAAGACGUUAGACGUGGACUCGACACUGAAAAUCGGCAUGUCGGCAGUACAUUAUAUACACACAAAGAGAUUCGCCACAGAGCUACAUUUAUUUGUUAAGGAUCUGCUGCAAUUGCAAACGCCUGUGAUCCGAAAACUAAAAAAACAUAAUGUGGAGAACGACCAAAGUCUACGGCCAACAAAAAUGAAACUUUUCAUUCAGGCGGACUCGCCAGUGAUCGUGCUACCGGCAUCGUAUAGCAACAAACAAGUAAUAAUUGCCAAUCUUGGGCAGCUUACGCUUACGAAUAGCUUUCAUUUGGCCAGCGAGGCAUGUAUCAUAAGUAAGAAGUUAAACUCUGCGAAAACCAACGAGGUCUUGGACGUGAUUCGCAUCGAUUUGGUCAACAUCAAUAUGUUCUCGGGAGAAAGAAGUUCAGUGAAACCAAAGAGCGAUCGUGAUGGGGAUCGAAUUAUCAUCGCCAAUAUGAAGUUUGUGCGGUUGGGGGAGGAAUUCUUUAAAGAAUCCUGCUACCUUAAUCUGCAGUUGGAGAGAAAUCUUUCAACAGAGAGGAUUCGAGUGUGCCCCGAUAUCAGUACGAAGGGGACCUUUUCUAAAGUAAAUGGCAUGAUAAACAUUGAGCAGUACAAGCUGAUUCGGAGCUUUCUGAAUAAUAAUAUUGGAGAGCAAAUAGACGACGUGUAUACCAAAUACACCAACAAUGUCUCCAGCUCCAUUGAAAUGCUGUCUUCGAUUAGUCUGGUGUCCAAGAGCGAAGUGUCGCAGACCAUUUUGAACUUGAUUUCAAUACAAAUCCUAUUGGAAGACGUUUCCAUAUUGCUGACUCUGAAUACGACACAAAAUACGCCCAUAGAGCCAUUGGCAUGCAUCCACUUUAUCAAGUCGACCCUGGAAAUAGAUUUUUUCAGCGAUGGUUCGCAAGAUAUUGACCUAAUAUCGACCAACAUACUGAUCGUUGACGAGCGAAACGGCUCGGGUGUAGGCAAUGAUAAUGUGUUUAGAAAUAUCUUGCAGCCUUCAAAGAAGGAUACUACUUGUACGACGCCUAGGAAUGCUGUCCAAGUGGAAAUCCACUGCAGGAAGAAUGCAAGUCUAUCAAAGUAUACAAUAAUGUUGAAUAAUAUGAGAGUUUUCGCUCUUAUGGAUAUUCUGGAACAACUUAAAGCAUAUCUGAUGGAAGAUUCACCCACAUCUUCCUCGUCAGAUACUAGUUUGGCCUAUCAAAUAGUGCAAAAGCCGCUCCCACAACCGAUUUCUGUCACAGAAUUCAUUGUAAAUAUUACAGACUCUGAGAUUAUAUUCACUGAAGACUGCAGUCGUCUGGACUCGGAGGCAAUCAUUUUAAAGAGUACCACAGUAAUAUCAUACAAGCCCAGUAGCUUCUCCGUUCCGAUAUCGUUGAAUAUCAAUCACUUGGAAAUCUUUUCCUGCACAUUGGAUGCCGAAGAUGACAGUGCUCUGUCCAUAAUUGACCCAUUCACAUUGAACAUAGAACUGCGAAGCAACUGCCUGAGCAUUCUCGUACAAAAACCUUUGAAUAUUCGGCUUUCCUAUGUCGACGUUAAACUUUUCUCGAGAAUGGCAAGGCUAUUGCCCACGCAAACAUCGAGAGUACAAAAGGUCGUAUCCUCAGACGAGUGUGAUCUGGAAAGAGUGGCGCCCCUCGUGGCGAUGGGAUUUCCGAUCAAUGACUGCCUGUAUGCCAUGCAAAUAAACAAUUGGAAGAUCAACGACGCCGCCCUGUGGCUAUCCCAACAGAAGCAAAACACCAAUCGAAACCCUGCGCUGGAACUGAAGGAGAUAAUGGUCGACGCGAACGUUAUAUCGGUGUUCAUAAUUGACGAUUGCAUGGAUGCGGACGUGCCUUUGCUCGAGGUAUCACUCUCCAAGGUGCUCUUCAACCUGAAUUUGAAGGCAAAGGAACAUCAGUCCAAAAUUCAACACUAUAUCCUGGCCAAUGUCGAGACCGAAGUCGCCCUCAACUAUUACAAUCGUCGCCUCAGCGGUUGGGAACCGGUGGCCGAAACAUGGGAGUGUAAUGCCAAGUUUAAAUACACCAAAGGUCAAGUGGAGAAUAAGAAACGACUCGAGAUUGGGAUCUUCAGCAAGCAGUUGCUCAAGCUGAAUAUUACAUCAACAUUUAUAGAGCUAUUCAACAUGGUGCUGAAGAACUGGACAAACGAUUUCAAUGACAACGGAGCCAAGAACUUUCGACAACGCUCGCCGUUUAUUCCGUUUGCUCUGCAAAAUCUGACCGGAACCCCGCUGCUGUUCAAGCCCAUUUACGCACCACUUGGGGACAUGUCAUGUUCGGAUGUGCAUCAAUUGGAGAUUAUAAAGAACUGGCAUUCUGUCCCGCCCAACGAGACGAAAACGUUCGAUUUCAUCCAAAAGAGUAAACUGAGACACAUACACUCCCAUCAGCUGAAUUUGCACCAGAUAUUCGUACAGAUCCAUGGCUGGAGACUAAUUGGACCACUGUCAGUGGACAAAGUCGGUGUGUUCUUCCGGACAACGAACCUUGAUUCCCUUGACUUGGCCACAAAAUGCCGAAUAAUCUUCGAUAUUUCGUUGAUUGGAUCUGCACAGAAGCUGAUCAAAGUGAAAUCAUCAUUGUGGCUGACAAACAAACUAGAUCGAAGUAUCUUUUUGAAGACGACGCUGAGGAGUGACUUCGGCGAUGGCCUAUCCGCCAUAAGUAUUAUAAAACCCAACGAUGAGCUGUCUCUGCCGCUCAAAUUUAUCGAUGCGUCUAUAUACAUUGCGCAUUGUUCGAGUGAGAAUCAGGAGCUGUCUGGAAAUUAUACUGACGACAUAGGCUUCAGCAAUAAGGAGAUUUUAUGGAAACUUUGCUGCACCGAUAGCAUGCAAGAGCUGCUAGUGUGCUAUGACAAGAAUAAGAGCUUAUUAUAUACCCUAAUCAGUAUAAAUAGAGAAAUAUUUCACUGCAAGGAGCCAGGUUUGCCUGGGCACAAAAUCGCUCUGUUACCUCCUUUGAAAAUAAACAAUAUGCUUUGUUGCGAUCUAAUGUUUAAGAUACACGACAGUGCCACCGGCAGAAUCGGUGCAUCCGAGAGUAUUAAUAUCUAUAACGUCAAUAUAUACGAGCCCUUUAACCUGAGCAUUACCUUGGACAAUUUUCAACUGUCGGGACAUGUGAAAGUCCCCAGCAGACACAUCGGAAUUGUUGAGCCAAAAUUAAAGCUGAUCGACAUCAAAAAGCGGGAACUCCACUUACGCAUAUCUAUUCAAUCUUUCCAAGGCAAGGGCAUGGAGGUGUACAUAAGUGCUCCGGUUUGGAUCAUUAACAAGACUGGGCUGCCGCUCAUUUACAGGCAGGACGGCAGCAACAGCACGGCGGCCGGGCAAUUCGAUGAGCACGAAACAGCCCGACAGGUGGCACCGCUAAUGUUUUCGUUUUCGGAUCAAGAGGGAUCGCCUGCCCUUGAAGUACGAUUGGGUGGUGCCUUCGGAACCAGCAAUUUGUGGUGCAAAAGCUUUAGCAUGCACAAGGACCUCAGUCACAGGGAAUUGCGAGCUGAAAAUACCAAGGGUAGCUAUGCAAUCGGCAUAAGCGUACGACGUGGAAGAGGACUAUAUGCCUGCACGACUUUCCUAACUUUAUCGCCCAGAUUCCAUCUUCACAACCGAAGUGGCUACAUACUGGAAUUUAUACAACGCUGCGAUAUUGAUAAGCCCAGUUCAAGUAAUAUUAUUUCAGCUCCAAUCGAUUGCAAUUUCGCCUUUCAUUGGCCAAAUUGGGAUCAGGAGCAGUAUAUUUGUGUACGCAUACCGGAUGUAGAGUGCUGCUGCUGGUCCAAAGGUAUACCCAUCAAUGAGGUACAAAGUCUGUACAUAAAUGUACGAAAUGAUUGGAGUGAAAUGUUUUUCCUGCGGUUGGAAGUCAUUUCGAAAGAUGCCACGUAUAUUCUUUUGUUCACGGACGCUCGAACAUUACCCCCGCCGAUACGCAUUGAUAAUUGCUCGGAAGUUGCGAUUAAUUUCUCACAAACGGGCACCAGACCAUCUUGGAUUACGCCCGUUCGUGCCCAAUCCUCACUAGCCUAUGUAAUGGAUGACCCUUCAGGCACACAAACGUUGCUGGUGGAAGCGCCUGGAGGAAAUAUGGUUGAGUUUCCAAUCAACAAGACGAAUAUCAAAAGAAGCUUGACGUACUCAAACUUUAUAUACAUCGCCUUUCACGACACCUUCGACCGAUUAAGCAAUCAGGAAAGGAAACCCGAUCAAAACUAUCAGCAACUAGUCUUGGGUGUUAGAGGAAAAAAAGUUAUCAUAAUGGAGAAGAAUUCCGGUGAUCGUUCCCAGCUGUGGCUCAUGAACUCCAACGGUCAAUUGGAGCACGAAGGAUCCACGCCCCCAAUUCAAUCCAAUGAGGCGCAUGCUGUCCGCCUGGUACUAGACCUGGACAGGGCUCCCAAUCCCACAGAGUUUACCACUUUGGUGGUUCGAACACCAAAUAAGCAGAGAAUCACCACACAGACAUGGAGGUUCGAAAGCGGUCGAUUGAUGUGUCAUGCCAACAUGUGCGUUCAGUCACGCUGGAGUGCCAAUGGUCUGCAGCCCAACUCUGAAGCGGUACUGGGGCGCAUCGAAAAUACUAGUGGCAAAAGAAACAAUGGAAGCAUUCCAAUGAGUCAACAUAUUGUGGCACAAAAGCUACGACCAGGAUCGGGUCAAUUGGAGCUGUCAAUGAAGAUGGAUGGUCCCAUAUGCACCAUCGAGAUAGGCGAUAUAAAAACUAGACAAAAUACAGUAUACCUAGCUCCUGAUUUGAUAUGGAUGCAUGCCUCUCUGAACAAUAGACAAAUGGCUAAUGAAGGGACGGUAUCACCGUUGCAUGAGUAUCUGAUAAAUGUUGAACUUCUGAAGGGCAUCGGUAUUUCAAUAAUAUCACGGAAACCCUGUGAAGAGCUUAUGUUUAUAAGCCUGGAACUCAUACACUGUGAUUUAGUGCAAAGCGUCUUUGAGAACUCAUUGGACUUGACCAUUUCGUCUAUACAAAUCGACAAUCAGCUAUUGGAUGCGGCCACCCCAGUGGCCCUACAUACUAAUUGUCCCACUGAACAGGGUGAGCAAGAUAACGCUGUGGUUCUGAAACUGAAAAUGUUGCCCUGCCCGAAUAAGAACGCUAUCAUCUUCAAGUACCUCACACUGGACUUAAAAUCGUCGAUUGCUGCGAACCUUGAAGAGAAGCUUAUACUUAAGGUUGCUUCUUUUCUCGGCUACGGAAAAUCCAACAGGCAAAGCUUAAGCGUUGCUUACGAUUUCGAGAACUUUGAGGAGAAACUCAUACUCAAAAAUAUGAAAAGAUACUACUUUGAAAACUUAAAUAUUGGCUCAACUCAGGUGCGACUAUCGGCGAGUACUUCUUCCAAGCUGCCCAUCGAGCUAUCAGAAACCAAAAAGGAACUAGGACUUACGCUCAUUAAGUUCGAAGACGCGCUAAUAGAGCUCGACAGCUAUUCGGAUAAAUUUCACUUUGAGACAUUGAACGUGUAUCUGAAGGGAAUGAAAAGGCACUACAUAAACCAAGUCAAGUGGCACGCAGCUUCGAUAUUGGGUAGUGUGGACUUUCUAGGAAACCCCUUGGGAUUCGCCAACGAUCUCUCCGAAGGUGUCUCUGGACUCAUUUUCGAAGGCUCGGUGACGAGUCUAGUCAAGAAUGUAGCCCAUGGCUUAUCGAAUUCAACAGCAAAGCUUACAGAAACAUUAUCUGAUAGUCUGGGAAAAGUGGUUCUCGAUGAACAUGACAAUGAAACCAGACUUCGAAUCUUGGAACCACAGACAAACACUUCUGGCGGCCACCUGGCAGCAGGUUUGAAGGGAUUCGGAUUUGGUUUACUUGGAGGAGUAACCAGUAUUGUUCGACACACCUACGAUGGUGCUCAAUCGGAUGGCGUUCCUGGCUUUCUCAGUGGCCUUGGCAAAGGCUUAGUGGGCACAGUCACAAAGCCAAUUAUCGGAGUGCUUGACUUGGCCUCAGAAACAGCAAGUGCUGUGCGGGAAACCAGCCGGGGUACAGCCAGAAUUUCUCCGGACAGAAAGCGGCUACCCAGGUGCGUGACUGGUGCCACUGGCGGACUUCUGCCAUUGUACUCGAAUCGUCAGAGUAAGGGACAGCAGCUUCUAUACCUUAUCAAUCGUAGGAACUUUGACGAAAAAAUAAUAUCGUAUGACCCGAAUCUAUGGAGCGAUAAAGAGGCGAGAUUGCGUUUGCUUGUUUCUACAGAAUUUGUUCGGAUAUUCUCACUUACUGAUGGAAAUCCAACCAUUAUGCUUCAGUCGCAUCUAAGCGAAAUACUCUCAUGCCAUCCCUUGACAACCAAUAUGGGCGCAAGCCCAUCGACAAGCAGGCAAUCGUCUAGCCAUUACAUUGAAAUAUCAACCAACCUUCCAAAGAUUACGCGACCAAGAAUACGAUGUCGAUCGGAGGAAUGUGCUGAAGCUGCAUCCAGAUGCAUAAACUACGCAAAGAGUGUGUUCCACGAACAUGAACAUGCCGUCUUGUAAAAAGCAAUAAGCCUUUUCGUGAUAAUACAAGUUAGAACUUAAGAGUGUAUAUAAUAUAUUUACGGUUGCAAGAAUCGUUGUACAUUAAAAUUAUGAUUUUAAUUUUGUAAUCGGUUUACUUGAUAUUGGAAAAAUACAAUGUGAUAGAAGAGAUAAGAAAGACAGAUCAUUACUUGUUGAAAUAAAUGAGAAAAUAAUAAAA